AUGGAGGUCGGCCUAGAGGGGAGGGAGCGGAGGGUCAUGCUGGAUGUCGGAGGUCGGCUAUUCCGCACGUCAGCUCGCACCAUGUUCGAUGCGCAGGACCCUCAGUCCCUCUUCCAUCAGAUCGCCAUGGAGGUGAGCAACGCCGAAGCCUUCAUCCUAAAGUUCAUCAGCGAAGGACACGUGCAUGUCGAUGGUUUAGCGCGAGGUAAGGAAGAGAAUUUUGGUUGGCAGAGUUCCAUGAGAGGUGUAGUUCGGCAGGAGGCGGCGACAAGGCUGGCACCGUUGAGUAACAUUGAGAGCUUCUCUUUCGACGUUACAACCUUUUCCAACUCCCUGGUCGAGAUGCAUCUGGGGCGGCAAGCGUAUGUUGCCUGGGAUCUAUUCUUUGAUCGAGAUCCCGCGUGUUUCUCCCGGGUCCUCGACUUCCUCCGCACGGGCAACCUGCUUCAAGCUGAUGGGGUUUACUCGGAGAGGCUCUUUGAGGAGUUUCGCUUCUACAAGUUGAGCCCCAAGCCCGUUGAGCUUGACCACAUCGCGCGCACUCGCUUGCAUGCCAUCUACGGGACGGCACUAGGAGAGCUGCAGGACCUCAUCGUCAAGGAGAUGGUCCGCAUGGCAAGCCAGGGGAGAAGCUGCGUCAAGCUCGGCAUCGUCUCGCGCCCAUACGGCAUCGGCAUCGAACCCUCAAAGAGCAUGUCAGCAUGCGAGCAACUUGUGCGGGUCUUCGAUGUCGGGGACAUCAACGACGACAUGACGCAGGUGAUGUCCAUCUUCGAGUGCCGCGAGGAGGUUCGCUCCUACAUGGCUCGUCAAGGAUUGAGGUGCGAACAUGGUUACUCCCCCGGCAACAUCUACGGCAGUCUGGUGCCGAGCCAUGCGUGGUUCGUGGUUGGGAUCCGGGGAGAAGUGGUGGAGAGGAAGGCGAAGGAGGUAGCCACUACGUCGGAGACUUGGGUCCCAUCGUUUCUUGAGUAA